AAGCCGAGUUGUUUCAGAAUGUUCAUGAAAACAGAUUUAACUUUGCCUGUUUUUGCAUAGACAUUACUUUCUUACUUUGUGAUUAGAAUUUUUUUAGUUUAAUUUUACCUUCUUUUUUUAAAAUCAAUUUUCUUGAAUUAUCACAUUGAAUUAUUUUAAGUCUCUUUGCCUACUCUGUUUAGUGUAAUCUCGAGCAUGUUGCUCACUAACGUAACAACAAUCAAAGACUUUUUUCUCGUUGGAUUUCCUGGCCUGCUGCCAGAGUAUUACGGGCUUGUGUCAGCUCUGCUCUUUUUGCUUUACUUGACUAUAGCUGUGGGGAAUAUUUUCAUCCUAGUGAUUGUAAUUUGUGAAAAGUCGCUUCAAAAACCCACAUAUCUAAUUUUUGGUCACUUAGCAUUAACUGAUUUAAUAUUUGGCACAGUGACUCUCCCGAGGGUUAUAUCAAAAUACUGGUCUGACAACAGCAUUGUUCCAUUCUAUGCUUGUUUUACACAAAUAUAUUUUGUUCACUUUUUAGGUGCAACACACUCUUUCAUUCUGAUGGUGAUGGCUCUUGAUCGUUUUAUAGCUAUUUGUGUUCCACUGCGUUACACAUCACUUUUCACAAAUACCACAGUAAAUGGGCUUUGUGGGAUAUCAUGGUUCAUGCCAAUUUCAUGGAUGGUCGGCGUAGUUUUUGAUGCCAUGAAACUACCAUUUUGUAAUUCAAACUUAAUUGUUCAGUGUUACUGUGACCAUAAUUCAUUAUUAAGGCUUGGAUGUGAAAAUGUACGAUUUUCUGCAAGUCUAGCACUGGGACUUGCUAUGUUUUCUUUGAUGGUCCCUCUUGGAUUCAUCCUUUUAUCAUAUUUUCUUGUCAUCAUUGUUGUUCUGAGAAAGUCCUCUUCCACGGGUCGCAUGAAAACCUUGUCUACCUGCACACCACAACUCAUCAUUACAGGUCUUUUCUAUCUUCCAAGAUGCUUCGUGUACCUGGCAAAUUUUGUGGGAUUCACGUUCAAUAUUUCACUUCAUGUUGUCAUUGUGAUGUUGUACAGUCAUAUACCUGCUGCUGUCAACCCACUCAUUUACUGUUUCAAAACUCAAGACAUUAAAGAAAUGUUAAAAAUUAAAUGGGCUAGAGGAACAAUACAAUUUUCUAAUAAAAUUUAACUAAAUAUCUAAUUGUGUAAUAGAUGCAAAAAGGUAAAUGGUCUAAAUUCAUUUCUGACACUAGCAAGUGGAAUUUCUAAGGUUUCAGCUGCACACACUAUGGCUGGGCAAAUUUAAACUGGUUUAAUGUAUUUAUCAGCUACUGACAGAGGUCUUACUUGUUGUAGAAUUGUUUACAAUGUGCUUUAUUAUUUUCUUUUUAAAUCUCUAAUUUUUGCUCGCUAUUUAUUGUCUGUGUUUUACUGUAAUACAUGUGAAACUCAAAAAAUUGGAAUAUCAUGCAAAAGUUUUUUUUUUCAGUAGAAGCAAAAGGGGCCCAAACCAAGUACUGAG